AUGCGUGAUUCUUUCGAGAGCGCUGAGAAGAAACCUGUCAUCAGGCAGGCUUCUAGACAAUUCCCUUUAACGCCUCCCGCUUCGACUAAGAAAGAGACCUCGAACAAUGGUCUUAAGAGCACAGUAGUCGUCCCGAAAAGUUUAUUGCCGAACCUCAAAUUCGAGAGCAGAAAACGUCGAAAACCACCUCUGAGACGCAGGCCGCCCAAGAACUCCAUCUACGAACUCAGAACUGGAUUCCCUCGGGUAUCUGACAAAAGAGAUAAUAAAUUGAUUUCUGAUUGUGUCACACAUGCUCUGCAAGAAAGUCAAAGAAUCGUUGUAGUCGCAGGUGCUGGUAUAUCGGUGGCGGCAGGCAUACCAGACUUUAGAUCUAAUGACGGCCUUUUCGCUACGCUGAGAGAUGGGAAAUUGGCAUCAGGUAAAGAUCUUUUUGACUUUAAUAAAGUUUACUCCGAUGAGGAAAUCGGAUUAAAGUUUAACAAAAUGAUAAUUCAACUGUACCAUCAGAGCACAGAAUGUCAGCCUACCGAAUUUCAUCAUCUCAUGGACCGCAUAGCGGGCGAAGGACGACUACGCAGGCUGUAUACACAAAAUAUCGAUGCAUUGGAACAUAAACUUCCCUCACUCAGCCCCAUGUCGCAGAAGAAUGCUCCGGUUACGAUACAGCUACAUGGAAAUGUUCGCGAAAUGUUCUGCGUCAAGUGUUCUAAGAUAUAUGACCUUAAUUCUGCGAUUUUCAAAUGUAACGUAACAGAGGAGAGUAAAGACAUGGUUCCCUCUUGUCCUGAAUGUCAGGAAUUUGAAUCUGUCAGGGCAGUUGCUGGGCUUCGAUCCCAAGGUGUAGGUAAACUGAGGCCGCGAGUCGUGCUUUACAAUGAGGUACAUCCUGAUGGAGACGCAAUUGGUGCUAUCAUUUCGAAAGAUCUAAAAACUAGUCCUGACUGCCUAUUAAUAGUGGGUACCAGUUUCAAAAUUCCAGGCGUGCGAACACUUUGUCGAGACUUUGCUAGAGUAGUUCAUAAAAAGAAGGGCUUCGUGGUAUGGAUCAACAAGGAGAUCCCGUCUAAGAGGGAUCAGGAAUAUUUGGAUUUUAUUGAUGUAAUUAUUGUAGGAGAUUGUCAAGAUGUUUGUCACUUUAUGAAGCGCUCCUGCUGA